AUGUUUCGUUCAUCUAUAGUGAGGUUAACUAAACCAUCGGCAUUACUUAAUACAAGCCGUAUGUACACGGCGUCAGCAUCAUCAGCUACUUCAACCCCAAUCAACACCAUACAAUCCAAACCAGACUUGUCAGCAUUAAAACUUUCUUCAAAUGGUUCCAAAGAUUUAUACGCCAUUUUCAGAUUGCAUAACUUACCAUACCUUGUAACUAAAGGUGAUAAAGUAUAUUUACCAUAUAAAUUAAAGGGUGCCGAUUUUGGCGAUGAGUUGGAUUUAAAUGAUGUUACUACUUUAGGUUCUCCAACUUAUACUUAUACUGAAAAAUCAGGAAUUCCACAAGAAUUAUUCAAAUUGAGAGCUAAGAUAACAGAAGUUACCAGAGAACCAUUAUAUCUUACAGUCAAGAAGAAGCAAAGAUGUAGAAGAAAGAAAACUUAUGAAAAUGAACAUUUCCAAACAGUUUUGACCAUUAGUGAAUUGAAAUUAAAGUAA